AAGGCACCUAGCACUGCCCUCUCCUUCAUUCACCCCGUCCCAGUAACACCCGCCAGAUUGGAGCCUUGGAAUUAAUUUAUGAGAAAGGCCCUGUAACCCAGGAUACUGACUGAGCAGGGCUGGCAGACUCAUGCUGGGGUCUGCAGUUCAGCAUCACUAGGCCGCUGACAUGAAUAUGGAAGGGUUUUCUCUAGCAAAGCAGCUAUUCAAUUGCCUGUUUCCCAGUGUAAUGUGGGCCAUGGAGCCAGGCCAUCUUCUCUGGGCUCUGCUGUUCAUGCAACCCUUGUGGACCCGACUGACUGAUGGGGCCACUCGAGUCUACUACCUGGGCAUCCAGGAGAUUGAGUGGAACUAUGCUCCUAAAGGAAGGAAUGUCAUCACAAACCAACCUCUGGAUAGUGACACAGUAGCUUCCAGCUUCCUAAAGUCUGACAAGAACCGGAUAGGGAGCAGCUACAAAAAGACCAUCUACAAAGAAUACAGGGAUGACUCAUACAUGCAUGAAAUGGCCCAGCCUGCCUGGUUGGGUUUCCUGGGGCCAGUGUUGCAGGCUGAGGUGGGAGAUGUCAUCCUUAUCCACCUGAAGAAUUUUGCCACUCGUCCUUAUACCAUCCACCCCCAUGGUGUUUUCUAUGAGAAAGACUCAGAAGGCUCCCUGUACCCUGAUGGCUCCUCUGGUCGGCUGAAAGCUGAUGACUCUGUUCCCCCGGGAGGCAGCCACAUCUACAACUGGACCAUUCCAGAAAGCCAUGCACCUACUGAUGCUGACCCAGCAUGCCUCACCUGGAUCUACCAUUCUCAUGUAGAUGCUCCACGAGACAUUGCAACUGGCCUCAUUGGACCUCUUAUCACCUGUAAAAGAGGAACGCUGGAUGGUAACUCCCCUCCUCGGCGGCAAGAUGUGGACAAUUAUUUCUUCCUGCUCUUCAGUGUGGUAGAUGAGAAUCUUAGCUGGCAUAUCGAUUACAACAUUGACACUUACUGCUCAGACCCUGCCUCAGUGGACAAAGAAGAUAAGGCCUUUCAGGAGAGCAAUAGGAUGCAUGCAAUCAAUGGCUUUGUAUUUGGGAACUUACCAAAACUGAACAUGUGUGCACAGAAGCGUGUGGCCUGGCACUUGUUUGGCAUGGGCAAUGAAGUAGAUGUCCACACAGCUUUCUUCCAUGGACAGAUGCUGACCAUCCGGGGCCACCGCACUGAUGUGGCUCACAUCUUCCCAGCCACCUUUGUGACUGCUGAGAUGGUACCCCAGAAACUCGGUGUCUGGUUAAUUAGCUGUCAAGUGAAUAGUCACUUGCAAGAUGGCAUGCAAGCACUCUACAAUGUCAAGUCUUGUUCCAUGGCUCCUCCCAUGAACCUACUAACAGGAAAAGUCCGGCAGUACUUCAUUGAGGCCCAUGAGAUUCAAUGGGACUAUGGCCCAAUGGGGCAUGACGGGAGUACUGGGAAGAAUUUGAGGGAACCAGGCAGUGGUUCAGAAAAGUUCUUCAAGAAGAGUAACAGCCGAAUUGGGGGCACUUACUGGAAAGUCCGAUAUGAAGGCUUCCAAGAUGAAACAUUCCAGGAAAAGGUUCAGUUGGAGGAAGAUAAGCAUCUUGGAAUCCUGGGGCCAGUGAUCCGGGCUGAGGUGGGCGACACCAUCCAGGUGAUCUUCUACAACCGUGCCUCACAGGCAUUUAGCAUACAGCCUCAUGGGGUCUUUUAUGAGAAAGACUACGAGGGAACUGUGUACAAUAAUGGCUCAUCCCACCCUGGCUUAGUGGCCAAGACUUUUGAGAAAGUAACAUAUCGCUGGACAGUACCCCCCCACGCUGGCCCUACUGCUCAGGAUCCUUCCUGUCUCACCUGGAUGUACUUUUCUGCCGUGGAUCCAAUAAGAGAUACAAACUCUGGUCUGGUGGGCCCCCUGCUAGUGUGCAAGGCUGGUGCCUUGGGGGCAGAUGGAAAACAGAAAGGGGUGGAUAAAGAAUUCUUUCUCCUUUUCACUGUGUUGGAUGAGAACAAGAGCUGGUACAGCAAAGGCAAUCAAGAUACUGCUAUGUUGAAUUCCCGACUAGUCUCAGAGGAUGUCAUGGGUUUCCAAGACUCCAAUCGGAUGCAUGCCAUUAAUGGGUUUCUGUUCUCUAACCUGCCCAGGCUGGACAUGUGCAAGGGUGACACAGUGGCCUGGCACCUGCUCGGCCUGGGCACUGAGACUGAUGUGCAUGGGGUCACUUUCCAGGGAAACACUGUGCAGCUUCAAGGCAUGAGAAAGAGUGCAGCCAUGCUCUUUCCUCACACCUUUGUCACGGCCAUCAUGCAGCCCGACAACGCUGGGAUAUUUGAGAUUUACUGCCAGGCAGGAAGCCAUAGAGAAGCAGGAAUGAGGGCAGUUUAUAACGUCUCCCAGUGUCCUGGCCGCCAAGCCACCCCUCGCCAACGGUACCAGGCUGCAAGAAUCUAUUAUAUCAUGGCAGAAGAAGUGGAGUGGGACUAUUGCCCUGACAGGAGCUGGGAACUGGAAUGGCACAACCAGUCUGAGAAGGACAGUUAUGGUCACAUCUUCCUGAGCAAUGAGGACGGGCUCCUAGGUUCCAGAUACAAGAAAGCUGUAUUCAGGGAAUACACUGAUGGUACAUUCAGGAUCCCUCGGCCAAGGACUGGACCAGAGGAACACUUGGGAAUCUUAGGUCCACUCCUCAGAGGAGAGGUUGGUGAUAUCUUAAUUGUGGUGUUCAAGAAUAAUGCCAGCCGUCCCUACUCUGUGCAUGCCCAUGGAGUGCUGGAAUCUAGUACUGGCUGGCCACUGGCUGCUGAGCCUGGUGAGAUUCUCACUUACAAAUGGAACAUCCCAGAGAGAUCUGGCCCUGGACCCAAUGAUUCUGCUUGUGUUUCCUGGAUUUAUCAUUCUGCAGUAGAUCCCAUCAAGGACAUGUAUAGUGGCCUGGUGGGGCCCUUGGCCAUCUGCAGAAAGGGAAUCCUGGAUCCCCAUGGAAGACGGAGUGACAUGGACCGAGAAUUUGCCUUGUUAUUCUUGAUCUUUGAUGAGAACCAAUCAUGGUAUCUGGAGGAGAAUGUGGCAACCCACGGGCCUCAGGAGCCAGGCCAUGUUAAUCUACAGGAUGAAACUUUCUUGGAGAGUAAUAAAAUGCAUGCCAUUAAUGGAAAGCUCUAUGCCAACCUCAAGGGUCUUAUCAUGUACAAAGGAGAACGAGUGGCCUGGUACAUGCUGGCCAUGGGCCAAGAUAUUGACCUGCACACUGUCCACUUCCAUGCAGAGAGCUUCCUGUAUCGGAAUGGAGAGAGCUACCGAGCAGACGUGGUGGAUCUAUUCCCGGGAAGCUUUGAGGUUGUGGAGAUGGUAGCCAGCAACCCUGGGACAUGGCUGAUGCACUGCCAUGUUACCGACCAUGUCCAUUCUGGCAUGGAGACCCUUUUUACUGUCUUAUCCCAAAGAGAACACUUAAAUACUAUCACCACCAUCGACAACAAGGUUGGAAAAGCAACAAUCCUCACAGACAUUGGAGAAGGCAAUGUGAGGAUGCUAGGCAUGCAGAUCCCUGUAAAGGAUAUCGAGGUACUGGCUUCUGUCUUGAUUGCCAUCGUUGUCAUUCUCCUGCUCGUUGCUCUUGCUCUUGGUGGUGUAGUCUGGUACCAACAUCGGCAGAAAAAGCUACGGCGCAACAGGAGGUCGAUCCUGGAUGACAGCUUUAAGCUUCUGUCCCUCAAGAAGUAACAGCUGGAUCCUGGAACUGCACAUCUGGAAUACACUCCCAGCAGGCCAUGGACUAGUAGCUGACCGCACUGUCAAAGGGGCAUGGGUAGUAGAGAGGCAGAGGAGGGAAUCAAACUUGUCUGGAUAUUUUUUUCACUUAUUUAUUUACAUGGAAAUGAUGUACUUUCUCUUAUUCUUUAGUUUAUUUGCUCCACUUGGGCACUUGGGGGUAAGCAUGUCCCUUAGUAUCUUAUACCACAAAUUUCAACAGCUAGAUUAUAUGACCACUGACAUUUGGAAGGUCUGUAAAUUCCUAGCAAACUGAUCCUUUUCACAAAGUAGAUACCAGGAGUAAAACACAUUGAUUAGGUUUAUAGUUUAGGACCUAGGCAAGUUCACUCUAAACCAAGGUUAAGUGAGCCGUGAAGAUAAUCCAAUCUAAACUAAGGACUAAGAACAUGGGCGUGAUGGGGGAAUGGGUGGGGUAUAGACAUUUGAAGACCCAAAUUGUAUUUUGAUUCUUCUUGGAAGUGAAUUAUUUUGGAAAAGUGGGUGGAUGGUGGUUUCCAUGAACACUUGUAACCUCUGAUUCCAGAAGCUCUGCAGCAAGCCAUUCCUCCAAGUUCCUGGCACAGUCAUGCUGAAAGGAAUGCUGAGUGCCUUUUCCAUAUUUUAGGCAGAAAUUCCUGUCCAUUAAAGUACCUGUUAGAAUACUGUAAGAGUGAACUUGGUGAUUUUGAUGGUCCCUGUGGCCUCUGGAAGGUUGUGACUGUGAUUGAAACAAAGAGUACUCAGUGGUGGAGGAGGUGGGUGGGUAUAGACUGGAUCUACCUGUCCUUUGUGGAGCCUGCAGGUUUGUAUUUUGGAAAUGAAAACCUGUCACAGAGGAAGAUUCAAAGUCAGAGCAGCAGGUACCAUCUUUUGGCCCAUAGAUGCCAAAAGUCUUUUGAGUGCCAAGAAAAGAAAAGUUGUCAGAGGAAAACUAGAAGGCUGAGACCAGGUACAAACCUGUCCAUUGGGCAAGAAAAGGUGGGCACAGAUCUCAAGAGCUCUUUUUGGAGUUGGUGCUAUGAGAGGCCUACUUAUAAUUUGGGGGGCCUCUUUAUAACACAGAGUCCAUCCUUCUGGUACCUUCAAACUAUUUUUUUUGUUAUUUGCAAGUUCAAGCCUAUCUGAAACCUUGGUCACAGAGCAAAGACAAGAUACAGAGUAGGUAUGUGAUAAGAUGGCCCACCAUCACUACAGUAUCCAUAUUACCAUUUUACAUGGCAAAUGGAGAACAGAAGAGGCAUCAAGGACAGUUAAGAUGACAACUGAACUACAUAGUGCUUUACACUUUACAAAGCACCUAAUACCUGAUUGCAUUUGACUCACCUUAGUUCUCUCAGGGUGCUAUUUUAUUUACAUUUGAACAAACAAAGGAUCAGAGAGAAUAAGCAAUUUUAUAUAAAGACAUUCAGCUAGAAAUUGAGCAGGAAUUCAAGCCUUCAUCUAUUUGAAUCCAAAUACCAGUUCCACCCUGCUAUAUCAAGGAAACUUCUACUAAUCUCUGUCCUUUGUGUUAGAGGAUAUUGACUCCAACUUUCCUGUCUUCCCAGCCAACUUGUCUGCAUAGCUAGCAACCCCUUGCACAUCAAAUGUAGAAACCCACAGGGCUGGUGUUCAGUUGCCAUAUAAUGUUGAAGUUUUAAGGGGUAAACACAGGCCAGAGCCUAUCAUUCAUCUUGGUUUAUUGUGGUCGGUGUCUUUCUGGAUCACUUCACUGGAAAUCUCAGAAAUAUAGCAAGGGGUGCAGGAAGGUUUAGAUUGCUGAUUAUAAAAAUCAACUGUUAGAGUAUUUAAGCCAUUGCACAAUCAAUGCACUUAACAGAGGAACUCUUUUGGCCUAUUGUUAGUGUGGGAGUUUUUGAAAGCCCAGUGCAUUCUGGAAACUCCAGUUAAUAAUAGUUAUACAAUAAUUUGCAUGCAACUGGGAGGUUGUUAGCUUGGUCAUGAAUCUGAGAGAAAGAGAGGUAGUUGGGAUGAGAGUGCACGUCUUCUGUGUGUAGUUCUGCUCUGGAUUAGGGAAUGUAAGCUCAAGCCCAUGUAUUUCAGAAAGAGAUGUAUUUUUUUGUGUGGUGGGUUUGCUCCCAGCGGAGCUGUAGAAGAUGUUUUUGACAAUUAGGUGACACUUCCAUGCAUUUAAUUGCCUAAGCCAGAAAUUGCUAAAGUCAACAUAUC